AACCGGGCCGGAGGGGGCCUCGCCGCCUAGCCGCCGCCGCGCUGCCGGGCUGGGGUUUGCCCGCCGCCAGCAGGCGUUCGCGCAGGGCAGCCCCGCUGGGGGAAGGCCCCCCCGGCGUUGCUAUGGUGACGGGGGAAGCGCGGCGCGGCCUGCUGAGGCCUUGGGGACAGGGGCAAGGGGCAAGGGGCAGGGCCCGGCCCCAUGGCUGCCCCCGUGGUGGUGGUGGUGGGAUCCUGCGUCACCGACCUCGUCAGCCUUACCACGCGAUUGCCAAAAGCUGGAGAAACUGUCCUCGGACAGAAGUUUUUCAUUGGUUUUGGUGGGAAAGGAGCCAAUCAAUGCGUCCAGUCUGCUCGACUCGGGGCCAAGACCUCGCUGAUCUGCAAGGUUGGAAAUGAUUCCUUUGGCAAUGAUUACGUUGAAAAUUUGAAGAAGAAUGGUGUUUCUACAGCAUUUGUAGGUCAGACUACAGAAGCUGCUACUGGAACUGCUUCAAUAAUUGUCAACAGCGAAGGGCAGAAUGUUAUUGUCAUAGUCCCAGGAGCCAAUCUGCUUUUAAAUUCUGAAGACCUGAAGAGAGCUUCCGAUGUCAUCUGUAAAGCCAAAGUGGUUGUCUGCCAGCUAGAAAUAUCCCCUGCUGUUUCUCUUGAAGCACUGAAAAUGGCACGUGCCAGUGGAGUAAAGACUUUAUUUAAUCCAGCUCCAGCCCUUGCUGACCUAGAUCCACAAUUCUAUACUCAUUCUGACGUCUUCUGCUGCAAUGAAACUGAGGCAGAAAUUUUAACGGGCAUCCCAGUUGGCAACCUUGAAGAUGCUGGAAAGGUGGGACGCAUGCUGUUAGAAAGAGGGUGUAAGCUUGUAGUUGUUACUCUUGGAGCAGAAGGCUGCGUGAUGAUAUCAGUAGAAGAACCCAUUCCAAAGCACGUUCCUGCUGGGAAGGUCAGAGCUGUGGACACUACGCGAAACAGCACGAUGGGAUCUUGCCGAGCCCGGCUCUUCAGGUGGUGGCUGGGGACGGAGCCGAUCCCCCAAGGUGCUGCCAGCUUGCCACGUUCCCUGGAGGAGCAGAGGCCCAGCUCGAGCCUGGCACAUGCAGCUGGGACUGGGGAAGGCCGUCGGGAUGUCUUGGAGCCCCGAGCACUCGGCCUGUGGGCUGCAGAGGGUUGGCCAUGCCGGGUCUCCUCAGGAGGGAGCUGGAGACAGUUUUGUGGGAGCACUCGCCUUCUACCUGGCUUACUAUCCCAAGCUACCCAUGGAGGAAAUGGUCAGGAAGUGUAACUGCAUUGCCUCAGUGAGCGUCCAGGCAGCGGGGACACAAUCUUCGUAUCCUUACAGGAAGGACUUGCCUCAGGACCUUUUCUGAUUGAUAUUGUCUAGCUCGAUGUACUGAUUUUAUCUUAGCCCAGACUGCAUUAUUCUCCCGACUGCACAGCUGUUCCCCUCCACUGACUGGAAAGAACAGGGAAGUCUCUUUGCUUAUUAGAGGAGUCCUGUCAGCUCCUGCCCUACGGUUGUAAAGACGGGGCAGGGUGGUUAUCUCAGAGAUUUGGCAACCAACUUUCUCCACGUUCAGUAAAAACCCAGAAGUUCAAAACCUGGCCUGCUUACCUGGCCUGAAGGAGCCCUAUUAGCCCUGCUCCCGGCUUAUCCGCCAGCACAUCUUGUUCCACCAGCUUCCCACCUCUCCUUCCUGGCCCAGGAAGGAGCUGGCGCGGCGCUGCCCCUCCAAGGAAUGACACCACGUCGUGGUCACUACUGUUGAAUCUGCGGCCGGUAGGUUAGAAAAACUUGCGAUCCUGCCAUUGAAUUCCUGCUGUGGAAAAUGUUAAUUUUUAUUGCCUUAUAAAACAAUGGUUCCUUUGAAGAUUACAGCCUCUUUCACAAUGGAAAACACAGACAAUGGGAUUUGCUAUUUAAUUUUUUUUAAUUGAGCACUGUAAAAAUAACUCAAAAGAUAAAUAAAUGUUACUGUGAUGAUCUA